UUUCCAGUCGAUGUGUGGAAUGUUUAUGGCAUGGAUUUGGGAGUGGUAAGCCGAACCAACAACCCCAUGGAGCGGUUCAACCGGGAACUCAACGCAGGCAUCGCUGCGCCACACCCAAGCAUCCCCGCUUUCGUAUCGACAAUCGACACAUUAUCGCGGCGGUACGUGCAACUGCUUGGCGAUAUCUCUAAUCGCAGAGCUGUUGCCCCAGCUCACGGGGAGAUCGAGUUGCCAGUUGCGGUCGACUUG